AGUAUAAAUGGCGCUGGAGGCUGGGGGGAACAGCGGAGUCUGAGCAGAGACCCGGAGCCACUCGGAGAGACCAUGAAGCCCAGCGUGCUCCUCGCCCUGCUGGCCCUGGCCGCACUCUGCCUCGCCAGCCAGACGGAUGCAAAGCCCCGUGGUGCAGAGUCUGACAGAGGAGCAGCCUUCGUGUCCAAGCAGGAGGGCAGUGAGGUGGUGAGGAGGCUGCGGCGCUACCUGGACCCCGGGCUGGGAGCCCCAGCCCCCUACCCAGACCCCCUGGAGCCCAAGAGGGAGGUGUGUGAGCUCAACCCGGACUGCGACGAACUGGCUGACCACAUCGGCUUCCAGGAGGCCUACCGGCGCUUCUACGGCGUCGCCUAGAGCCGCGGCCCUGCGCGGCCCCUGCUGGCUCCUCUCAGAACCCCUGCCCUGCCCUGCCCUGCCCCCCUGC